AUGGUAGCUUCGAGUGCUGGCAGCGAUUCAGCUUCGCCGCAGCCUCCAGAGCCCGAGCCUGCAGAGACCGGGCCGAAGUGCAUUACGAAUACUAUUUACCAUACAGAUGGUCUACCCAUUUCUACAGAUACCUGGGAUGAUACCGAUAUCCCCAGCAAGGAAGUCUCUUCUGUUGCCGCCGACUCAACGGCUAGUCCAGAUACGACACCUCUACCUACCGAAACCUCAGCUACUCUAUCUGCAGGUGAAGAGACUGGAGUUGUUUCAACAUCUUCCGUCGCGCAAGCGGAACGACUAGCAGUACCGAAUCUAGGGAAUAGUCUACUAUGUCUCCGGCGCUUUUUGCCGCUGUUCCCUAGGGAUAACGAGCAAAAUCGGCAUUUGCUUCCUUCUCUGAUCAUACCGACUGCGACAACGAAGAAUAAUGACGCGGAUAACAGCUACAGUGUAAAGGUUCUGAGUACGACCAGCAGCAAUGCCGCGGUGCGUCGAGAAGCCCAGCAUUGGAAUUUCAUGGGCAAACCGAAUCCCGCCGUGCCUUCGAGAAUUCAUGAGCGCCGUGAAGUGCCUGCUCAACCACCUUCUCUGCCAGGUACAGAGGUAAUGAAGACAUACUGGGAAGCAUAUUGGGAUUUCCGACUACUAAUCAUACAAAUGUGCUUCUCCGUUAAAUCAGAAACACCCCCGACACUUGGGGAUGUCAAGAUGGGCGAAACGCUUAACAAGACCAUAUGCGAUACCUUCGAGCAGGAAUUUCCAGCAAUAAACGAAGGAGCAAAAUGCGACCACAAGGACUCUUUCGAGAGGCUAAAUAAUAUUGUUAAGGCAUUGUGUGCCUUGGCAAAGGAAGGCGAAAAGUAUGUUCAAAGUCUGGCUUUGCUUUGCCACGUCCAAGACACUCUCAAGGGAAAGGUGUAUGAAUGUGGAGUGGAAGAAGGAGGGGUGGUGUCCGGCACAGGUACGAUGAUUGCCGCGUCCUUGAUGGAGACCUUCGAUAGCGGACCAUCGAUAACUAAGGAAGAGCCUGCACCAAGUGCAGACGUCGAAGUCACCCCAGAUAGUGGCCAGAUUGCUUCCGAUGUUCCCAGCUUUUCACUACAACAGAACGCCGUGGAGAAUGCAGACCCUCCUCCUGUCGGCCCCUCUGUUAGUCCCGUUGCUUUGGCUAGUGAGCCUCCACUCGUUACCUCCGCCGCCAGUCUUCUCCCAUCGCCCGUCCCCCCCACUCCACCCAUACCCGGGAACUCGCCAGUUUCUACUCCUCCAACUCCAGCUACUGGCCUUGGAGUUUUACCACCUCACCCAUCUCUGACGCCACCAGCCGAAUGGACCGUUUCCAUGCUUACCUAUAGCACACAAGCCGCCAACUACAGUAGCUUACGUACUAUGCCCAGUAAUGCUGUCGGAACGCCACCAGUCUACGAAGGUCCACAUCUUGCCAGAGACUGGCCGGUCAGCUAUCCCUUCGCUAUUCCCACAGGCUACGUAGCUCCUAACAUCGUGCCCGCCGACCCUCAGGUCGGACAGUUGACCCUCUUCGAAGAAGGUGUAGGAGCAUGUGGCCUCCCGGGAAUGAUUGCCACUGACUUCGCCGUUGCUAUAAACUGGGAAAUAUUUGACAUUGGCCGAGAGAUUGGAGGCUCUAUUCUGGAAGAUGGAUGGAAGUCAGAGGGUGUCACCCCAGACGGGAAGCUCGUCAAUUGGCCUAAGGAUGAUAGUUCAAGUGCACUAUGCAAUCAAGGUAUUCGGGCAUGGAUGGCUGAUGACGAGGGUAAGAAGUUGGUGGAGCAGGAAUUUGUGGUCAGAGAUCGCUGUGCGGCGUGUAAUGUGUCGGACCUAGAUAUCCAGAAGAGUGUAUUUACCAAUUAUUGGGGUGCGGAGGCGGAGGGAAGGAUUCAAGUCACGUGGGAGUGGAUGCAGGAGGCACCAACUGACGUGCCGGGAUAG